AUGCCUCCAAUUACGCGCUCACAUGCACAGCUUCAGCGACGGGCCAUGUCUCAAUUGGAACCCUCGACGCCGUGGUCUGCUGCGCCCACCCCCGCAGCAGAUCUCAACGCCCCAGAUGUAUCGGCAAUUGUCGAGUGUCUGCAUCGCCACACAGAUCAUAGCGACGUACUCGACACAAGGUACCUAACAUGGUUGGACCUCAAGGAAAAUGAUGAAUUUACCAAUGAGAUGCUGCUCAUUGGGAUUGACAAGCACCGCGAUGAAAUAUUCGCAAAACAGAGAUACCAUCGAACCGACGAGAAACUAGACUUUUGGAAGUCUGAACUCAAACUUCUCAGAGUAGUCUGUUACGAGAUAUUGAAGGUGGAGCCCGUUGGAUUAGACGUGCUCAAAAACUCAAUGCUUAUCGCACCACUGAAGUAUAUUGCGGCGACUGGAUACACUCUGUUCAUUCUCCAAGGCCAUACACGAGCCUAUCCGAUCUCGCUUGAAGAGAAGAUGUUAGCGCUGCUUAAUGAUGCGCUGAAAGUUAUUGAAACAAAACAGAAGGCAUUCGAAGAAAAGGGGUUGACACAUAGUAUAACCGAAGCUGUUCGACCGAAAAUGAUCAAGAAGCUCAAGGACAUCAUAACCACAGUAACUGGAAAGCCGUGGUCGUUGUUCCUGGACACCAUCCUGUGGGUUACAAACCCCGGAUCUUCUGUUAAGAGGCUUUUGAUGGGGUUCAAUGAAGGUGGUCCUGUUUUUGCCCGAUCCCUGAAUGGUACCGGUAAACACGAGACGCGAGCCUUGGCGAUCGGACUGAAAAACUCUACCAAGUCAUUCAACGGGAGCCAGCUCAAGCACACGAAGUUAGCGGGAGUCCUUCACUUGUUCACGCAAGAGAAAGUUGGAAGUGUCUUAUCUGGAGAUUUGAUUGAGUCCUUUGUAAAGGCUGUCUUCGUCCUCAGGGGCGCAGCGCCUGGCAGGAAGUUCAAGAACUUCAACGAUGGCUUAAAAUAUUUUAAGGACGCUAUCAGUGUCAUCAAUCAUAAUGAGGACAAGCGAUUAACUAUAAUGGAGAGAAUUGUAAGCCUGUUAAUGAAUACCGCAGAGCGAAAGCAAGCUUUGUCCAUCGGCUACUUGACGGAUAAAUAUCUGACCUUCACGCAGCCAAACCUAGGAAACCAGAGUGCUGGAGUACCGCGAGCAAUUCGGAAUUGUAAGCUACCCCUGAAGAAUCCGACCGCUACAAGUAUUUCAGCGAACGAGAGUGGCUCAGUUCCAGUUCAUGGUUCCAGUCAUGGUUCACGACCCACAAAUCUUAAGUCGCCAGACAACGAGGCUCGUAACCAAAACCUUCUACCUGAAGAUUCAGCUUUAAUUGAACAAGAUCGGAAUGUGGCUCAUGAAGAAGUCUCAGAAGUUCAUGAAAUGCUAGAAAGAUACGUGAGGACACUUCAGUGCCUCCAUCACGCUCAAAGCGCCAACAUCCCCCUCUUCAAUGCAGUAAAAAAAUACAUCAACGACACCGAUGACUUGGAGAAUACAUUAGCGAGUCUCAGCGAAGAUCUAGACGAGGUGCAGAAAAGAAUUGCGAAAGAGUACGCAGCUAGUAUCAAGCGUGACCUAGAACAUAUAACUGAUUUCGAAGUGAUCAAUACAGUUCUCAGCGAGAGGCGCGCGGAGGCAGAGACCAACCGGCAACACAGUGUGACAGAGAUGAAGAAAAAGAAGACUGAAAUGCAGAUGAGACUGGCAACAAUCGAAGCUGCUCACUCUGAUGCGGCAGGAAAAUUGCGCGAAAUGGAUGAGAAGAUCCUCCUUGUGCGUGAAGAUAUAAAAGACCCCAUCAUCGUCACUUUUCUCAACCGUGUCGCAGCCGUCUUCCACUUGAAGAGCGUCUUCAUCUUCCACGAGAUCCUUCUCUUCCACGAGAUCCUUCUCUUCCACGAGAUCCUUCUCUUCCAUGACCUUCUCCUCUCCCCUUCUAUCUUUCUCAGGCCCAGCUCAGCAUCUUCGACAUCCUGUUCAUCGCGGUUUCCAUUCACGCCCUCGCCGAUUUCCAGUCUCAUGCUCUCUUCAUCCGAAUCGAUAAACGCAGUCGAAACCAUGGGUUUUACUAUGGGUUUUGAGAAAGGAAGGAAUAUACCCGGCCAGCUUUUGGGCAAAGGCGUGAUGAUGAAUUUAUAG